AUGGAUUGUAUUCGAGUAUUGGGACUUGAUGAAGUUCAGAAGCAAAAAUUCACAAAUACAAAACGUGCAUAUGCAAAGCAUCUUGAAGUUUGUCUAUAUUUUGCUGAAAAGCAUACUAAAGAGGAAAUCACAAAUAUUAUUAAUGAAGCAUUAAUUCAUGGAUCUAAAAAAAACAAUAAGCAGCAAUAUGUAAUAAAUGAAACAUCCGAUGGUGAAAAGGAAGAAUUUAACAA